AUGAAAAAGUACUGUCGAAGAAAAAGGAAGGUCCAAUGCUACAACUACAAUGAAGAAGGGCACAUCAAGGAUGAUUAUCCCAAACUGAAGAACAAGGUGCUGAUGGCACUCUCAGUAGAAGUUUCUGCUCAGUGGAAGUUUCUGCUUGUCGCAGUGGAUUAUUUCUCCAAGUGGAUUGAAGUCGAGCCGCUGGCCAGAAUAACUGAACAGAUGAGACUCAAAGAAUGGUGCGGAGGAUACGGCAUCCAGCAGGCCUUCACUUUCGUGGCUUAUCCACCGAGCAACGGCCAAGCAGAGGUCGCCAAUCGAGAAAUCCUCCGAGUACUGCGCGCUCGGCUCGAUCAUAUGGGAGGCAGCUGGGUCGAUGAGCUUCCCAGCGUGUUAUGGGCGCUCCGCACGACUCCUAAGGAAGGGACUGGGGCAACUCCUUUCCACCUGGUGUAUGGCGAUGAAGCAGUCAUCCCCGUCGAAGUCGGAGUUGAGUUAGAUCAGCUACAACACUACGAUAAAGAUAACACCGAGCCGAGGUUGCUAGAGCUGGACUUGGUAGAUGAAGCGCGUGCUAAAGUCGUCGUCCGAUUAAUGGCCUAUCACCAGAGGAUGAAGCAGAGCUACAAUCAGAGGGUGAUCCCUAGGUAA